AUGAGUUCAGCAGUGAGAAAAAGAGGAAAGCCCAACAGAGGAGGAGGAAGAGGAAGAGGAGGAGGAGGAGGAAGAGGGAGAGGAGGCAGUGGAAGAGGAGGAAGCAGCAGUGGCCGUUCAAACAAGUCUCAACUUGGUGGAAAUAGGAAGUGUGCAACCAAAAUUUGGGAUGAUGGAGAUGAUUUUUGUCUCUUCGAGGAACCAAGGCUGGAAUCCAGAUCAAAUGCCUCUGCUAGAAGAGGAGGGCAAGCAAAACAGAGACCUGAAGCGAGAAUGCCUCUGCAGACCAUACACAUGACAUCAGAGAAUCAGAGAAGAGUGAAGGAACUUCUUCAAGAGCUUCAAGCGCAGGACCUGGCUCCUGAAUCAGAAGUAGCUGGUUCUGAUGAAGAUGAGGAUGAACCUGAUUACCUUGAUGAUGAACAGUGCUGGUCAACAGAUCAAGAAGUUUCUGACGUAAUACCAAGGUUGCCUGCUGAGCAGAGAAUUGUGGAAAAUGAAGUGUCUUCAUUUGCUGUACACAAACUCUCCAGGUAUGGUUUUGACAGUGAGCGUUGUCGGGCAGUCCUGAGAUCCUGCAAUGGUAAUAUUGGGGCAUCGUUGGAGUAUUUGCUGUUGCAGUGCUUUGCUGAAAGAUAUGGAGAGAAGAUGCAGGUUUCUGCAACAGCUGCUGAAGCCAGUCAAGAAGAAUAUUUGGAACAGAGACAAGAAGAGGCUUUUGCCCUCCGGGCAAUCUAUGGAGAAAAAUUUGUAGAAAGAAUUCAAAACCGCGUUUGGACUUUUGGUUUGGAAUUGCAGUACCUGGCAAACGGGCUCAGCAAAUCUAAACAAAAGGACAGUUGUACUAGGGAAGCAGCUAAGCAGACUUCAAAGGAAAUAUGUAAAUUUCAUCUCCAAGGAGGCUGCAGAUUUGGUUCAAAAUGCAGAUUCAAACAUGAAUUCCCUCCAAACCACCCAAUAAAACCAGCCAGGAACUCUGUAGAUGAUACUCAUCUGAGACUUAACAGUGAUCGUCCUGUAUAUGAACUUGAAGUAAGAUUUCCUGAAGAAAACAAGUAUCCACUCCAAGCACCUCUUGUGGCAUUUUACUCCACUGACGAGAAUCUACCUCUUGCUUGUCGUUUACACAUUGCUGAAUUACUCUUUGGAAAGGCCUUAGCAGCUGCAGAAUCUAAUGAACCAGUGGUGUACACCUUAGUGACUUGCUUAGAAGACGAAUCUGAAAUAAGGGAGUUACUUAAAAAUACUCAUCACAAGUACAGUGUUCCUCCUGUGUCCCUGCUGGCAACACCAUCUGUAAAGCUACAAACAAAGAGUGCAUCUAGCUCAAGUCAAGUGUCUGAAGCCUCAAUAGUGUCAGAGCCUCAGGAAGAAGAGGAGGAGGCAGGAGAGGAGGAAGAAGAUGAGCCUGAACAAGUUGUCGUGGAGAAUGAGAGUUAUGUGAACUUCAGGAAAAAGCUUUCCAAAAAGUAUGAUGUGCAGGCAAAGUCUCUGUAUAACGAAAAUGUUAAAAUCUGCACGCGAUUUCGUCUGAAAAAGUCUUCUAGGCACUUCCAGUCUAUGUUGUAUGAAAGACAGAAGCUCCCUGCGUGGCAAGAGAGAGAAACCAUUCUUGAUUUACUGAGGAGCCACCAAGUUCUUGUUGUGAGCGGCAUGACAGGAUGUGGGAAAACCACUCAGAUUCCUCAGUUUAUUUUGGAUGCCUCAUUGCAAGGAUCUCCAAGCGGAGUUGCAAACAUCAUCUGCACGCAGCCUCGCAGGAUCUCUGCCAUUUCUGUGGCUGAACGUGUAGCCAAAGAAAGGACAGAAAGGAUUGGACUCACUGUUGGGUAUCAGAUCCGUCUAGAAAGUGUAAAGUCCUCAGCUACCAGGCUCUUGUACUGCACUACUGGUGUGCUGUUGAGAAGACUGGAAGGAGAUAUGACUUUGCAGGGAAUCACACAUGUUAUUGUUGAUGAAGUUCACGAAAGAACAGAAGAAAGUGACUUCUUGCUGCUGGUUUUGAAGGAUGUAAUGGUUCAGAGGCCAGAUCUGCGCAUUAUACUCAUGAGUGCCACCUUGAAUGCAGAGCUUUUUUCUCAAUAUUUUCACUCCUGUCCAAUUAUUAACAUACCAGGUCGAACAUUUCCUGUGGAUCAGUUUUUUCUGGAAGAUGUGAUUGCAAUGACAAGGUAUGUUUUAGAGGACAGUAGUCCCUACAGGCGCAAGACAAAGCAAGAAAACAAACAGAAUGGAAGACACAAAAGAACUGCAUUUGAAGAAGUAGAGGAGGACCUGAGACGUGCUGGCAUUCUGGAAGGCACUGACACAGUUGUCAGAGAUUCAGACCCAGACCAAAAAUUAACCCUGAAGCAGCUCCUUGCACGAUAUAAAGGGGUUGACAAGGCAGUGUUGAAAACUAUGUCAGUCAUGGACUUGGACAAAGUUAAUCUGGAAUUAAUUGAAGCCUUGCUAGAGUGGAUAGUUGCUGGCAGACAUUCAUACCCCCCAGGUGCUGUGUUGAUAUUUUUGCCUGGUCUAGCAGAAAUCAAGAUGCUUUAUGAGCAGCUCCAGUCUAAUGCUCUUUUUAAUAACAGGCAUAGCAAGAGGUGUGUUGUUUAUCCGCUUCAUUCUUCACUGUCAAGUGAAGAACAGCAGUCUGUGUUCCUCAGGCCUCCCGUUGGAGUUAUCAAAAUCAUCAUCUCUACAAAUAUUGCAGAAACAUCUGUCACUAUUGAUGAUGUGGUCUAUGUGAUUGAUUCUGGAAAAAUGAAAGAGAAAAGAUACGACCCAAGCAAAGGAAUGGAAAGUCUGGAAGAUACAUUUGUGUCCAAGGCCAAUGCUCUGCAAAGGAAAGGGCGAGCAGGCCGUGUAGCCUCAGGUGUCUGCUUUCAUCUUUUCAGUAGCCAUCACUAUAACAAUCAUCUUAUUAAACAGCAGUUACCAGAAAUACAAAGAGUACCCUUGGAGCAGCUUUGUCUAAGGAUUAAGAUGCUGGAGAUGUUUUCUGCACAGAGCCUUCACUUUGUCUUAUCACGGCUGAUUGAGCCCCCUAGAACUGAGUCGUUGCGGGCAUCAAAGCUGCGACUUCAAGACUUGGGAGCAUUAUCUGCAGAUGAAGAGCUCACCCCUCUGGGAUAUCACUUGGCUUCUCUGCCUGUUGAUGUCAGGAUUGGCAAGCUAAUGCUGUUUGGCACCAUCUUUCGCUGUCUGGAUCCUGCACUAACUAUAGCAGCCAGUCUGGCCUUUAAGUCACCUUUUGUGUCACCAUGGGAUAAAAGGGAAGAAGCAAACAAAAAGAAGUUGGAGUUUGCAAUAGGAAACAGCGACUAUCUGGCUCUUCUCCAGGCCUAUAAGGGAUGGCGUUUAAGUAUCAAAGAGGGCUCCCAAGCCAGCUACAACUACUGCAAGGAGAACUUUCUGUCAGGAAGAGUUCUUCAGGAAAUUGCCAGUCUGAAACGGCAAUUCACAGAGCUGCUUUCUGAUAUUGGGUUUGUGAAGGAUGGAUUAAGAGCCAGAGACAUUGAAAGGAAGUGGUCCCAAGGAGGCGAUGGCGUGUUGGAUGCCACAGGAGAAGAGGCAAAUUCGAAUGCAGAGAACAUCAAACUGAUCUCAGCUAUGUUGUGUGCUGCACUGUAUCCCAAUGUUGUCCAGGUGAAAAAGCCAGAGGGCAAAUACCAGAAGACCAGUGCAGGAGCAGUCAAAAUGCAACCAAAAGCAGAAGAGCUGAAGUUUGUUACCAAAAAUGAUGGUUAUGUUCACAUUCACCCUUCCUCUGUGAAUUAUCAGACUAGGCACUUUGAGAGCCCCUACCUGGUGUAUCAUGAGAAAAUCAAGACGAGCCGCGUGUUCAUUCGGGACUGCAGCAUGGUGUCAGUCUACCCCCUGGUCCUGCUUGGAGGUGGGCAGGUCCACAUGCAGCUGCAGAAGGGAGAAUGUGUCAUUUCUCUUGAUGAUGGAUGGAUCCAGUUUGUUGCUGCCUCUCACCAGGUGGCUGAGCUGGUGAAGGAGCUACGCUGUGAACUAGACCAGCUGCUGCAGGAUAAAAUCAAGAAUCCCAGUAUGGAUUUAUGCAUGUGCCCCCGUGGAUCUCGGAUCAUCGCUAUGAUUGUAAAGCUUGUGACUACACAGUAA